CAGAAUCAGUUCCGCCUUAUUCGUUGGAAGAAUAAGUCAAAUGAAGUCCACUACUUUCAUACUUGUGCUUGUUUUAAGCUUUUGUCUAUUUCAUACGUACGACUCCCUACCAAAAAGAUGUCAAGAGGAUGAAGAAUGUUACAAGACACAUUUGCAUCCUGAUUUACCAAGCUCUCCAGAUGACGACAAACCUCGAUCAUUAGAUGGAGAAGAUAAAAUAGAAUUUUGGAUAGAAUCUGGAAAGAACUUCGUAAUCGAACAACAAGCCAAAAGGAUCAAUACCAACGUCGCAAAGAAUGUUAUUCUCUUCCUUGGCGAUGGAAUGGGACUUACAACUAUUGCUGCAGCACGACUUUAUGCCGGAGGCGAGGAGAAAAAAUUGUCAUUUGAAAAAUUCCCCUACACUGGACUAUCGAAGACAUACUCUGUGGACAGAAUGGUCCCAGAUUCUGCCAAUACUGCAACGGCUUACUUGUGUGGUAUCAAAGCUAACUACGGAACAAUCGGAGUAAAUGCUAAUGUUGACGUGGGAAAUUGUGAAGCAGGAAAGAACACAACCAAUUUUGUUUACUCGGCUGCCAAGUGGGCCUUGGAUGCAGGCAAGGCCGCUGGACUUGUAACCACCACCAGAGUGACUCAUGCUUCUCCAUCGGGAGUGUAUGCCCACAUCGCCGAUCGCGAUUGGGAAAAUGACUCGGAAGUUAAAAAGUCUUGUGGUCAGCAAUCGGGAGUUCAAGAUAUUGCUCAUCAGCUAAUACAUGGAGAAGUCGGAAGCAAAUUGAAGGUGAUGUUAGGAGGAGGUAGAAUGCACUUCACCGACGCAUCCAUGGGUAAGGGAGGCAAGCGUUCAGAUGGUAGAAAUCUCACAGAAGAGUAUAUCAGUCAAAGUAAUCGGAAUGUGUACGUUGAAACGCGAGAGCAACUGCUAAAGGUCAGCACAAGAACCACCGAAAGGCUAUUGGGAAUGUUUCAAGACAGUCACUUGAAGUAUAAUCUCGAAGUAACACCUGAAACUCAUCAGCCAAGUCUGGAGGAGAUGACACGUAAGGCCAUUGAACUUUUGAAGAAGGAAAAGAAGGGUUACUUCUUGUUCGUCGAAGGGGGAAAGAUCGAUUUGGCACAUCAUGAGAACCAAGCGCAGUUAGCUCUUGAUGAAGCUCUUCAGUUUUCUAACACUAUUGAAAUGGCUAGAAACAUGACCAGCGAGGAAGAUACUCUAAUAGUAGUGACAGCUGAUCAUUCGCAUGCCUUUUCGUUCUCGGGAUAUCCCACUCGUGGUGAUUCGAUUUUCGGUACAACUAAAGCCAAAGCUGAAGACGGUUUGCCACUGCUUACUUUAUCCUAUGCCAAUGGACCGGGAUUCAAGACUUAUUACGACACUGAAAACCACGUUCGCUUUGAUCCCGCUUCUGUGGAUAAAACUGAUCCACAUGUGGCAUUCCCAGCUACCGCGGAAUUAGAAUUAGAAACACAUGGUGGGGAUGAUGUGGCUGUCUUUGCAUCUGGCCCAUGGUCACAUUUGUUUACCGGGGUCUACGAGCAAAAUACAAUUCCUCAUUUGUAUGCUUAUGCAGCUUGUAUUGGAAAUGGAUUAAAAGCGUGUUGAUAAUAAAAUAUCUAUUUAUAAUCUUUAAAUUAUCCAUUAGGAUUAAAAAUUACAAUCUUUUAUGAAUAACAAUUAUUGUUCUUGAUAGUUUCAAAGAUAAACGAAGGAAAUGAAGACUGAUAACGUUUUGAGUUCAAUUUCUAUUUCAAAUUGCGUUUGAUGGGGUGAAAAAACUUGUAAAUGAGAUUAAAAAACAACACAUUUACAUUAUACUGUCCCCUACUUGAGAUUUAAAGCUUCUAGUAAUUCAAUAAAUCAGUAAAAUGUGUUAUCAUCUUCUGAUCAAAUUUCGCUACCAUGUUCAGACAAUUAUGUGGAUUAAGUUUUGAGUUGUAAUAAACAAUUUUGUAUUUUUAACACUUGGAA